AUGCCUUUGACAGCCCACGAACGUUUCACUCGUGCUUCAGACUCCGUUAUAAAAUUUGAGGCAAACUUUAAUAAUAUACGCGAGGAGGAACAUGAAUUGAAGAUGUGUUGGGAAAAGGUGAAAAUUACUUUCGAUAAGUGUUUAGACGAUCUUGAAUCUUCUGAAGACGCUGAGCCAGAAGGUAUUCAAGUGGCUGAAAGUAAAUUCCAAAGUACCCUUACUGUUUAUGCGCGAUGUUCAAAGUCGAUAAAAAUUAAGAUUGAUGAAUUGGAAGCAAAGACUAAGCCUAAAGUUUCCCAUCAUCCAAACAAUGAUUCAAAUUUUGAUAAUUUUAAAUGGUCAAAUGAAUGUCGUGAAGCGUUUAACAAAUUGAAAAAGGAAAUCGCGAGCGAUCGAGUACUAAUGCCAUAUGACCCCGAGUUGCCACUUCAGCUGGCAUGUGAUGCUAGUCCAACUGGAAUAGCUGGUGUUCUUUCCCAUUUAGUGGAUGGAGAAGAGAGGCCAAUUGCAUUUGCCUCGCGAUCGCUUACAAGCGCAGAACAAAAUUAUUCGCAGUUGGAUAGAGAGGCUUUGGCUAUUUAUUACGCUGUUCAGUACUUCCACGAGUAUCUGUUUGGCAGACAAUUUAAUCUUAUUACGGAUAACCAACCGUUGAUGAGGAUAAUUCAUCAGAACAACAAACUACCACAAAUGACCUCAGCCACAUUACAAAGGUUAAGUUUCGGAAAAAUUCGAGAAGAGACACAAAAUGAUGAAAAACUUUUUAAAAUACUUUAUGAAUUGCGCCAUACGGCGGCGGCAGACUCUGAGUUCACCAUUGAUGGGAAUAUAUUAUUUAAAGGUCAACGCAUUAUGAUACCAUCCUCCUUACAAGAUACAGUUUUAAAAGAGCUUCACCACACCCACAUCGGGACCACGAAGAUGAAACAAUUGGCCAGACGUUACGUGUAUUGGAUGGGGAUCGAUAAAGAUAUCGAAAAAUUUGUACGAGCUUGUCCAGGUUGCGCCUCUAUCAAAAGUAGUUCAGUAAAAGCUCCACUUCACCCAUGGGAAGAGCCGGACAACAACUGGGAACGUAUACAUAUUGAUUAUGCGGGUCCCUAUCAAGGUCAGUACUUCUUAAUGGUAGUAGAUGCUAAAUCCAAAUGGAUAGAGGUAGGCAUAUGUACAGCAGCACCAACAUCAGCUUCAACAAUCGAAAUUCUUCUCAACAUCUUCACAAGAAACGGAUACCCCGACGUAAUGGUAUCCGACAAUGCCACAAUUUUCAAAAGUGAUACAUUUUCAUCGUUUUGUCAGGAUUGCGGUAUAUUCCAGAAGUUCAUAGCUCCUGGACACCCAGCCACAAAUGGCCUAGCUGAGAGGAACAUACAAACCCUCAAAAAUAAGUUAGCAGCUAUGUCCAGCGAGUCAUCGUCCACGCAGGAGAAAAUAAGAGAUAUUCUCUUAAAAUAUAGAACUACACCACUGAAGAACGGUAAAACGCCUUCAGAAUUGUUCUUAGGUCGACCAAUUCGAAGUCGCUUGGAUAUUUUGAAACCUCCAAAAAUACAAGGUAAUCAACAAGAUCACAUUCCAUCAAGACAAUUAAGAGUGGGGAAAAGAGUUCAAGCUCGGUAUUACACUCCCAACAAAUCGUUAUGGAAGCUGGGUAUAAUAGUUAGGAAAAUGGGCCGACUACAAUAUAUAGUUAAAUUGGAUGAUGGAUACGUAUUCAAGAGGCACAUAGACCAAUUAUUGUCAACCAAUAUUCAAGCUGAAACUUCAACUAAUGCUCACUCCUCGCCAGAACAACUGAUAUUCCAACAUGCGUCAAUCUACAAUCCUAAUCUUAAUAAUAAUUCCGAAGAUGGUCCAGUGGAAAAUUACUUCUUUUUCCAUAUUUUACGAUUCUAUUAA